CCUAUCUUUACUGGUCUACAGCACAUACCUACCACCUCAGCCCCAUUAAUCCAAUUCCAACAAAAGGUCUAACUGGACUCGCUCAUUGGCACGCCGGGGUAAAAGUUUUGACGGACUUGUACCUUUGAUUCAACAGGAGCAGCCAAGCUCGUGUCUUCGUCACCACCCAGGCGCCGCGUCCAAGCCGUGCUGCGCUCGACCUCAUACUCGCUGGCUACACUACCGUGCGACUGGCUGCACAAAGCGACAAGGAGUUGUCGUUCAUCCAUCGCUCAAGAUGUCAUCGACCUACGACAAGAUCGUCAAAUCGGCAACCAAGCCGAAAGGCUCAGUCGUCAAGUCAAAGUACCUGGAUCCCAUCCUUGCCAGCACCUUCGCCCAAGACCGCAGCCUAUUAGAAGUAUGUCGGUCGUUAGGAUCCAGGCUGCGAGAGCGGGACCCAGUGGUGAUCUACAAGUCUUUGAUCAUCCUGCACACCAUGAUCAGAAAUGGAGGGGUAGAAAACGUGUUAAGUCACGUCCUGCGAGAUGAGACGGGUGCUCAGCUCAAGAUUCUAGCUGGCCGAAGUAGCAGCUCAACAACGCCUCGUGCACCGCGGAUCAUCCGAGCGUACGCCGCUUUUUUGGAUGAUCGUGUACGUGCGUUUAGAGAACUGGGGCACGAUGUCAUCCGCUCAUCUGAUUCCAGUAGAGAAAAUGGCUCUGGCAGCAGGGAAAAUGCAACGGGAGACGGCAACCGCCUGAGGCGCUUGACAGUGGAUAAAGGGCUUUUGCGUGAGGUCGGUAUCACGCAAAAGGUCGGCAAUGCGGCUCUUAACUGUGAUUUUUUUCUCGAGGAUCUCCGUGAUGAGCUCAACUUGGCAGCUUUUCGCCUCUCGUUCAAAGACGUACUAGUCUUGUACGCUGCCAUCAAUGAGGGUGUCAUCAAUAUUCUUGAACACUACUUCGAGAUGGCAAAAUCUGAUGCAGAGCGCGCACUGGAGCUCUACAAGCGCUUCUGCACGCAAACUGAAAAGGUGGUCGCAUACAUGGCAGCGGCGCGCAAGGUGUCUGGGUCGCUAAAUCUCACAGUACCUUCUCUCAAGCAUGCACCAUUAAGCCUUGCUGGCGCGCUCCAAGAGUAUUUGGAAGACCCGAAUUUUGAAAAGAACCGCUUGGAGUACAAGGAGAACAAGCGAAUUGCCGAUGGUGGUGCUCCUAGGAAGGCUUCCAAGGGCGCCGCCAAAGCGAAUACGAGUAAUGUAAAAGAGGGUGAGAAGAGAGCGGAGGAUGAGAAGAAGGUUGCGGCUCCGGCAGUCAAGCCGCCGACGAGCAACCAAGCGGUGCAGGACUUCUUUGCCUCGAUCGAAAGCAACGAUGCGAACAACAUGUUCAGCAUGGGCCCACAAGACGCUUGGGCGGGUGCAUAUGGGUCUUUCGGGAUACAACCGCAGAUAACCGGCUUCCCAGGUGGUAUGGAUGCGCUUCAACCUCAAAUGACGGGCUACAAUCCAUUCUUAUCCGGAAUGAUAAGUCAGCCGACCGGCUAUAGUGGGAUGCAGCUGCAGCAACCGCAGCCAUUCAUGCAGCCGCAAACAACUGGCUUCUUGCAGCCACAGGCGACAGGCUUCAAUCCUUUCAGGCAGAGCGUGAUGGUGCAGCCUGCUGGGGGCUUUGGAAGCGUGUCGCCCUUUGGCACCUUUGGGCAACCGGGAGGCACGUCGAGCAUGGGUGCCGCGAAUGGCACGCAUAUCCAGCCGCAGCAGUCGAUGUUCCCCCUCGUCAACACGAGCCAGAGCCAAUCAAGCAUUGCGUCCGAAAUGAUGCUGUCUGCAAACUCAAUUACAAUCGCUCCGAGCUCAACUGCAACUGCACCAGCACCAACACUAACACUGGCAUCGGCAUCGGCACCGAAACCUUCGGCAGCGGUAACGGCAACGCCAGCGCCAAAAGCUGUGCUUCCACAAAAGACCGGCUCGCGGAAUCCCUUUGCAUCACCUGCAGUCUCCACGCCCCCACCUGAUGUCUCCAAGCCGCAAGGUCUGACGCUCGCUCAACUUGCCUCUGGAGCUGGUAAUGCUCCGCCCGGCGGCAACUACGGGCUCGGCGCCAAUGCGUGGGAUGGGACGGACCCGACCAAGCCUGGCGGGUUGCAACCGCAGCAAACGGGCAUUAUGGGCAGCGUCGCCUCGGAGCUUGCUUUCGUCAAGCCGCAGCAGAAUGGGAACAGUGCAGGCUCGUCAGCCAGCUCAACUGUGCCGAAUCAGCCGAACGGAUCCGCUGGCCUCGAUUCAAGCUUUGCUGAAAUGAACCUAGGUGCAUUGGGCAACGGAACCACAACUGCCUCGCAAUCCCCUUCUACUGCUGCUGUAUCAGCAACACCUCUGGCGGCGCAGCCCACUGGUUUUGGGGGUAUCAAGCCAUUCAAGCCCGAGUCGAGCUUUGGCGCCAGUCUGGCGAGCAACCCGGCCUUUACUCUCCCCGGUCCGGACACGCCAGGAGCAUCGGCGCUGAGUCCGCAGCUGACAAGCAACCCUUUUACGAGGCCAAAUGCUGGAGCUGGAGCUGGCCUUGGCCCUAGCUCCUCGCUCUUUGGAACACCGAGUACACACAGCAACUCUUUGCCGUCUGGCCCCACUGCGACCACCGGCACUUCGUCGUUCCUCUUCGCCCAACCUAGCGCCUUUGGCCCGCUCAUGACACAAGCGACAGGUUUUGGGUCGUUCAGCUCGCAACAGCCUCUUUCUGCUGCGGCCUCCUCGCCCUUCAUGCUCUCCGCAUCGGCGUCGCAGUCGACGCAACAACAACAACAGGCCAUCGGACUUUCAUCAUCCUUUGCACCGGCAUCGUCGCUCGCACCAUCUGGAUCGUCUGCGCUGACCGCACAGCCGACCGGCUUCGCAGGCUCAACCAUUAAGCCGUUCCAGCCGACGAGUGCGUUCGGCGCCGCUGCGUUUGGAGCCAUGCCUUCGUCGCCGCCGCAGCAGCAGCAGGGACCCCAACCUGGUCAGCAGGGCCAGCAGCAUUCGGCCUUUGCGUCUCUUAUCUAGACACAUUAACUGUGGAGCGAGGUGAACGAGAUAGAAUAGCUUGUAUGCUUGUGAAGAUAAUUUGUGCAAAAAGG